AUGCCUGGCCACUCUGAAACUCUGAAGGAUGCAGCCACGGACUUUGCAGUGGAGAACCCCAAGGAGCCUUGGCAAAAGCUGAGGGCAUGGAAGCCUGGCUGUGGUGAUUCGCUCCGUGUAGGACUUCGCUCAAUUCAAGGAGUCCGCCGGCACCUGAGAUCACCUGAGCACUUUUCCAUGAUCCUUUCGACCCCAUCCUCUCCCCGAACUCGAGAGGUGCAAAAUGCCGCGGAACAGUCUGCCCAGCUGCUUGAGACGGCGAACACGGAGGUUCUGAAGGAGGCGCGGAUUUUGUGGACCAGUUGUCGUUGUACAAGUAGCGGGGUUAGCUUUUUGCUUUGCUCGGACCAUCUCGGAACCAGAUGUGAGCUGCAGGAUCAAGACAUUCCAAAAAAAGCGCUGGAAGAUGUGGACGCGCAAGCAAGAUCUGAAGAGUGA